AUUUGGGGCGAAUUUUCUUUUAUUUUUCUCUCUACAAUUUUGUCGCGCGAGGGCUGGAUUGGCAUGACGGAGAGCGGAGCGGAGACCGAGUUGCGAGGCAACGGUAGUGUUCGUAAGGGUUGUGAUCCCUUUGCACAGACUCAGCGGAGCAAGCUACAGCAUCGCCGAGCUCGGAUUAACCAGCAGAUUAACAAGGAGAUGCGAAUGCGAGCAGGAGCUGAAAAUCUAUUUCGAGCUACAACUAACAACAAGGUGAAGGAAAAUGUGGCUCUGGAAUUGAGUUUUGUGAACUCCAACUUACAGCUUCUAAAGGAAGAACUAGAGGAACUGAACAGCUCAGUGGAAGUUUAUCAAAAUGGAAAUGAGUCUAUUAACGUUCCCAUGAUUCCUCUGGGCCUGAAGGAGACAAAAGAAGUUGAAUUGUCGAUGCCCCUGAAGGAAAUUAUUGAGGUACACUACAACGAAGCAGCCUGCAAGUAUGAAAAGGAACUGAAGGAACUUGUGGAUCUCCGGCAGGCAAUGCGCACUCCAACCAGGAAUGAUGCUGGGAUUGAACUUCUUAUGGAAUAUUACAACCAGCUUUACUUCAUUGAUAACCGUUUCUUCCCACCCAAUAAAAACAUGGGCAUCUUUUUUCACUGGAAUCCUCUUUCAGCCUUUCUAACUUCUUCAAUAGAUGAUGUAAUCAGAUAUGUUUGA